GUCGAGUGAGAACCGAGGACCCUGAUCAGCAGGUACGUAACUACCUUCUAUUCAAUAGGUACGACUGUCCCCUUCCUGCCUUAACGCCGGGAAACUCCACCUGCCCCUUUUAUUUUUUUCUCUUCUAUUAGUCCCUUCCAAAUAAUAACCCGCGUCGUGCUUUCCCUACUUGCCUGCCGUGACCGAAUAAUUUUUUCUUCCCCUCUAUUCCCCUCUAACUCCCAAGCUCUUUUUUCUUUAUUCUUCUUCCUCUCUAUCGCGCGCAAUGCUUAGAGCAACACUGCACUUCACUCUCACUUGAUUUUCCUGACAAAAGACCUCAGGAUCUCCUAACGCCACUAACAGCUGUUGAACAAACCGUCGCCAUGGAUAUCGCACUUGAGAUCAUCGACACCUACGUUGCCGACCACAUUUAUGCCUGGCUCAUGCCAGCGCAUCCGGCUCCGUACGACCUUGCGCGCGAUGGUUUUGCAAAUGCCACUACGGGAACCUUCUCGGGAUGGCAAUACAAGCCUGCAACCCACUAUCUCCACCUUGAGCCAUCCGAGGCCGCGUACAUGAGCGCAUGGCCCAGAGACAAUAUCUAUCGUCAGGCCAUCACCCUCUACUUCGUCACCCUUAUUCUGGGGUUCUUGUUGUACUUCGUCUUCGCCACACUCUCGUUCUUCUUCAUUUUUGACAAGGCCACGCUCAAGCAUCCCCGAUUCCUCAAGAACCAGAUCCGGCUCGAGAUCAAGCAGGCUACCUUCGCCAUGCCGACAAUGGCCCUCUUGACCAUGCUUCUGUUCCUUGUUGAUAUUCGAGGAUAUGCCAAACUCUACGACACCACCGAAGACGGCCCUGGCCGCUGGUAUGACUUCGCACAGAUUCCUCUGUUCAUCUGCUUCACCGAUUUCUGCAUCUACUGGAUUCAUCGAGGCCUUCAUCAUCCUCUUGUCUACAAGCACCUCCACAAGCCUCACCACAAGUGGAUUAUGCCCACUCCCUACGCCAGCCAUGCAUUCCACCCGUUGGAUGGCUUCGCUCAGUCGCUCCCUUACCACAUCUAUCCUCUGCUCUUCCCUCUGCACAAACUGGCCUACAUCGCCUUGUUCAUCUCGGUCAACUUCUGGUCCAUUCUGAUCCAUGACGGCGAAUACCUCGCCAACAAUCCCGUCAUCAAUGGCUCUGCGUGCCACACGGCGCACCAUCUGUACUUCAACUACAACUACGGCCAGUUUACCACUCUCUGGGACCGUCUCGGUGGUAGUUACCGCAAGCCCGACCCCGAAUGGUUCAAUAAGGAGACCAAAAUGUCUGAGACGACCUGGAAAUCCGGGAUCAAGGAGAUGGAGAAGAUCCGCGUGCAAGUCGAAGGCGAAGACGACCGCGCUUACCUCACCCAAGGCAGUAAGAAGAACAACUGAGUUCAUCUCUUCUCCACGGCGACUGAGAUGCUUCGACUAGUGAAACAACGAGGGCCCUAUUUGCUCCUCCAGUUUCCGAGGCGACUUACAGAGUUGUAAUAUUUGGUUUUCUCACGGCUCCCAUUGUACAUAUUGGGAUACAAGAGCCCAUAAUUUUUCUCAUGCAUGGACAAGGAGUUACGGUCUGACACGAAGAUACACGCCCGGUGGCAUCGUAGGGACUAGAUGCGAUCCCCAUUACAUCUUCGGAGACUUUGGGAGAUGGACGAAGGUCGUUGGGCAUCAGAGACUUUCAUGUACAUCAGCAGAAUCCUGCACUAGAUAGGACUGACUGAUAGGCAUAGGCUUAGCAAGCCUUAAUUAAUACGCACAUGCGAAAUGACCA